AUGGCGAGCGCAGAUGCAGGAACGGCAUUGGAAACUGAGUAUCAAGUAUUCCUGAGUUUUAGAGGACCUGACACUCGUACUGGGUUCACCGACAUCCUCUUCCAUAGCUUGAUCGAUCAUGGAAUUUGCGUCUUCCGAGAUGACGAAGAGCUCCCUGUCGGUGAAAGGAUCGAAGGAUCGCUUGAGCAAGCAAUGGACAACUCCAAGAUCUACAUACCCAUAUUGUCACAGACCUACGCUUCAAGCAAAUGGUGCCUCCGCGAGCUUGAGCAGAUCAUGGCAAACACCUCCAAAUCCGAAGGUGAUAAAGAGAUCCUACCUAUUUUCUUCGACAUGGAACUUGAGGAUGUUAAGCUGAAAACUACGCUGUAUACCAAUGCUAUACUAAGGUUGCAGAGCGAGAAGAAGUUGAGUAAUGAGCAAAUAGAUGCGUGGAGAGAGGUUCUCAAGGAGGUUGGUGCAAUAAAAGGGUGGGAAGUGAAGAAGUACCGAGGCCACGGUGAACUAAUCAAAUUGGUAACUGAAAAGGUUGUGGAAAAGCUGAAGAGAAAAGAUAAAUUGGUGACUGAACAUUUAGUUGGAAUUGAUGAUCAUGUUGUCGCAAUAAACGAAUUGUUAGACAUCAACUCUGGUGAUGUUCGAGCAAAGUCAUCGAGAAUUGACGGUUUAAUUGAGUUGCAAAAGAAGUUAUUAUCCGAAAUUGCUGUUCAUGCAGGAACCAAGAGUAUUGAUGAAAUUGAUUAUGGAAUGCAGAGGAUUGGAGAAGCACUUUCAAAUAAGAAAGUCUUCAUUGUAAUUGAUGAUGUUGAUAAAAGUGAACAUGUGGAGAAAUUACUUGGAAAGAGAACUUUGCGUUCAAGAUCUAGAAUACUGAUUACAACUAGAAAUAAAGAUGUCUUGCAAAUCCAUAGGUCAAAGUAUCAUAUUUUAGAUUUUGAAAUGCAGGUGAUGAGCACUAAUUGUGCUCUUGAGCUUUUAAGUAGGCAUGCAUUUAACAACGACUCUCCUUUAGAUGAUUACGAUGAUCUUUCAAGAGAAAUCGUGUCUGCUACUGGGAGACUCCCAUUGGCUCUUGAAGUAAUUGGUUCAUUUCUCUACGAAAAAGGGCAACAAAUAUGGCAAGAGACAUCGGAGAAGUUAAGCAAAGCUCCUCACAAGGAUGUGUUUGGAAAGUUGAAGAUUAGCUAUGAUGCCUUAACUUUGGAGCAAGAACAAAUUUUUCUUGAUAUUGCAUGCUUUUUCAUUGAUGAGGAUAAGACAAAUCCAAUUUACAUGUGGAAAAGUUGUGAGUUUUCUGCGGAUACCGGACUUCAUGUCCUAAUUGACAUGUCUUUGGUAAAGAUUGGGGAGAACAAUAAAUGA